AAACUAUCGUGUUGUUGGUGCCAAGCACGUUGUGCCACGCAAAUUUGCCGGAGGAUUUUAUUUAUAAAUUAGCUUGCAGAAUAAUAACCGUUCAGCCAUGGGAAAGAAACUUGAACGCAGCGAUGUCUGCCGAGUGCCUGAGAAUAUCAAUUUUCCAGCCGAGGAGGAGAACGUACUGCAGCAAUGGCGUGAUGAAAACAUCUUCGAGAAGUGCAGCCAGCUGUCCAAGGGAAAGCCCAAGUACACGUUUUACGAUGGCCCACCUUUUGCCACAGGCUUGCCCCAUUACGGGCAUAUCUUGGCCGGCACUAUCAAGGACAUUGUUACUCGGUAUGCCUAUCAGCAAGGAUAUCAUGUGGACCGGCGAUUCGGUUGGGAUUGCCAUGGCCUGCCGGUCGAGUUUGAGAUCGACAAGCUGUUGAACAUCCGUGGGCCCGAGGACGUGGCCAAGAUGGGCAUCUCCGCUUACAACGCUGAGUGUCGGAAGAUCGUUAUGCGUUACGCCGAUGAGUGGGAAAACAUAGUGACGAGAGUAGGCCGCUGGAUCGACUUUAAAAACGACUACAAAACCUUGUAUCCAUGGUACAUGGAGUCCAUUUGGUGGAUAUUCAAGCAGCUGUACGACAAAGGUCUGGUCUACCAGGGGGUGAAGGUGAUGCCGUAUUCCACUGCCUGCACAACAUCGUUGUCUAACUUUGAGGCAAAUCAAAACUACAAGGAGGUGGUGGAUCCUUGUGUGGUGGUGGCCUUAGAAGCCAUAACGCUACCCAAUACCUUCUUUCUGGUGUGGACCACGACGCCCUGGACCCUGCCCUCCAACUUUGCGUGUUGCGUAAAUCCGACGAUGACGUAUGUAAAGGUGCGUGAUGUGAAGACUGAUCGGCUCUUUAUACUCGCCGAGUGUCGCCUCUCUUACGUUUUCAAAACGGAGGACGAGUACGAGGUGAAGGAUAAGUUUCUGGGUAAGACGCUCAAAGAUCUUCACUACAAGCCCCUCUUUCCGUACUUUGCCCAACGCGGAGCCGAGGUAAAAGGUUUUCGCGUGCUGGUCGACGAAUACGUCACUGAGGAUUCCGGUACGGGAAUUGUGCACAAUGCUCCGUACUUUGGUGAGGACGAUUACCGCGUCUGCCUGGCAGCGGGACUUAUUACGAAGUCCAGCGAGGUCAUGUGUCCAGUCGACGAAGCCGGACGGUUUACGAAGGAGGCCACUGACUUUGCUGGCCAGUAUGUCAAGGAUGCUGACAAGCAGAUCAUGGCGAACUUAAAGGAGCGUGGUAAUUUGGUAUCCAGUGGCCAGAUGAAGCAUAGCUACCCCUUCUGUUGGCGAUCAGAUACACCGCUGAUCUAUAAGGCCGUGCCCUCUUGGUUUGUGCGAGUCGAACACAUGUCCAAGAACCUUCUGGCAUCCAGUGCCCAAACUUACUGGGUGCCCGACUUCGUAAAGGAGAAAAGAUUUGGUAACUGGCUCAAGGAGGCCAGGGAUUGGGCUAUUUCCCGCAAUCGCUAUUGGGGCACACCGAUUCCGAUUUGGCGUUCGCCCAACGGGGAUGAAACGGUUGUCAUUGGCAGCAUUAAGCAACUGGCUGAGCUGUCUGGAGUGAAAGUUGAGGAUCUGCAUCGCGAGAGCAUCGAUCAUAUCGAAAUACCGUCGGCCAUUAAAGGCAAUCCCCCACUCCGCCGGAUAGCUCCCGUCUUUGACUGCUGGUUUGAGUCCGGUUCCAUGCCGUUCGCCCAGCAGCACUUCCCGUUCGAGAACGAAAAGGACUUUAUGAACAACUUCCCCGCUGACUUCAUUGCCGAGGGCAUUGAUCAGACGCGCGGAUGGUUCUACACCCUCCUUGUGAUUUCAACGGCACUUUUCAAUAAGGCGCCGUUCAAGAACCUCAUUGCCAGUGGACUAGUGUUGGCCGCAGAUGGGCAAAAGAUGUCAAAGCGCAAGAAGAACUAUCCCGAUCCCAUGGAGGUGGUCCACAAGUAUGGAGCGGAUGCUCUACGACUCUAUCUCAUCAAUUCACCCGUGGUGCGCGCCGAGAGUUUGCGAUUCAAAGAGGAGGGCGUGCGUGACAUCAUCAAAGAUGUGUUCCUGCCUUGGUACAAUGCCUACCGUUUCCUGCUGCAAAACAUAGUUCGCUACGAAAAGGAAGAUUUGGCAGGCGCGGGGCAGUACGUUUAUGACCGUGAACGGCAUUUAAAAAAUAUGGGCAAGGCCUCCGUCAUCGAUGUGUGGAUUUUGUCGUUCAAAGAGUCCCUGCUAGAGUUCCUGGCCAACGAGAUGAAGAUGUAUCGCUUGUACACAGUUGUGCCUAGGCUGACAAAGUUCAUCGAUCAACUAACAAAUUGGUAUGUUCGACUCAACCGUCGUCGCAUUAAGGGCGAACUGGGUGCUGAGCAGUGCAUCCAGUCCCUGGACACCUUGUACGAUGUCUUGUACUCUAUGGUCAAAAUGAUGGCUCCCUUUACGCCCUACCUCACGGAGUAUAUUUUCCAGCGUUUGGCUUUGUUCCAACCACCUGGCGCCUUGGAACACACCGAAUCGGUACACUACCAGAUGAUGCCCGUUAGCCAAAGUACGUUCAUUCGCAGCGAUAUCGAACGCUCGGUGGCUUGGAUGCAAUCAGUGGUUGAGUUGGGUCGCGUCAUGCGCGACCGGCGAACCUUGCCUGUUAAGUAUCCGGUCUCUGAGAUCAUUGUCAUUCACAAAGAUGCCCAAACUCUUGAAGCUAUUAGGAGCCUCCAAGACUUCAUUCUUAGCGAACUCAACGUGCGCAAGCUUACGCUGAGCUCUGAUAAGGAGAAAUACGGUGUCACCUUGCGAGCGGAACCCGAUCACAAGACCCUGGGCCAGCGGCUGAAGGGCAACUUCAAGGCAGUCAUGGCUGCCAUUAAGGCGCUAAAGGACGACGAAAUUCAAAGGCAAGUCUCUCAAGGCUACUUUAAUAUUCUAGAUCAACGUGUGGAACUCGAAGAAGUGCGGAUAAUUUACUGCACAUCCGAACAGGUGAGCGGCAACUUUGAGGCUCAUAGCGACAAUGAGAUUUUGGUGCUGCUGGACAUGACGCCAAACGAGGAAUUGCUUGAAGAAGGCUUAGCUCGCGAGGUUAUCAACCGGGUGCAGAAGCUGAAGAAGAAGGCUCAACUUAUACCGACCGAUCCCGUGCUUAUCUUCCAUGAGCUGACUGCUGACAAACAGGGCAAGAAAGAGGCUGUGGAAGCUCAGGCUCAACUGACUAAAGUUUUGUCCAACUAUGCAAAUAUGAUCAAGGCUGCCGUUAAGUCAGAGUUUGCUCCUUACUCAGCCCAGCAGGCCGCCAAGAAGCGUCUAAUAACCAGUGAGAUUGUCGAUCUGAAGGGAAUCCCCUUAAAGUUGACCAUUUGUUCAACAGAGGAAUUACAGCUGCCAGUCGUGCCUUGGCUCAAUGUCGCCUUGGCCCAAGAGCUUAAGCCUCGAUUUGGAAACAGUAAUAGGGCGUCGUUGUUCCUCCAGCACAGAGUAACCAAGGAACUUAUCACACUGUCCGCGCUGCGCAGUGAGCUAGAAAAUCUAUUUGGCCUGUAUGGUGUUAACUUUAACAUCUACGUCAUCGAUCAACACAAGAAGAUCAGUGAGUUGAAGUCCGUCGAAAAGAUUCUUGCCGGCAAUUUGUUGGUCCUAACUCGCAGCCAGGAUACACUUAAGUCUGUAGCGGGAUUUGAAACAUCUCCGUCUCCAUACUCAAAAUUUGUAAACCAUCCUUCGGGUACAUCCACUUUUACUGAAAAUCCAUUGGGUAACCCUUUGUAUUAAACGCGGAAUUCACCUUGUAAUUGUUUGAUUGGGCCGAAAAUAAAACAUAUGUUCUCAACUUUUUUAAAAAGUUGUAAACCA